AUGCCCUUCUUCCAAGAGGAUCUGGAGCCGACGGACCCCCCUGGCGAACCCCCAGGAACGGCCUCACCGCCAGAGCCAUUUCUGCAGCACCGUGCCUCUCACUACAACGCACAAUCUCUGGCCAGGAGCUUCUCCGAGGACAGUGUCAGCACUGAACUAUGCGACGGCCCCAUCCCAGAGGACCUUCGCGCCAGGACCCCGGAUGAAGACGAGUCUGCCCCGUGCUCCGACAGAUCUGAGCUGAUCGAGAGGUUGAAGAGAGGCGAGAGCCCGACCUGGAUCCCCAAUCGACAUUUUGACUCGAUACGGAACCAGCGGCCGGCCACGCCCUCGAGGAGCCCCAAACCCCCCGGUGGCUCCCCUUCGCUGCUUCCGCCGCCAACCAUCACCCCUGAGAAGCGAGAAGCAGAGUCUGAAGACGAGCGGCGGCUACGGGAAGGCCUCAACAUCGAGCGGCCUCGGUCCGCGCUCCACUCGGGGGAUUUUACCCAAGAUGAGUCCCGCAAAGGUGCGAGCAGGAUAGACACGGGUGUAUACGACCCGCCGCAGAGCCCGGCUGAACCAACCAGCCGCUCGUGGUUGGCCACAUCGCCCCCGCGCGACUUUACACCUUUCCAAUUCGAUAGGAGGCAGUCUAGUCUAGGCAGAACCGAAGAGUCGAGAUUGGGAAUCUCGUCAUUAUCAUCGUCCCUUUCGUCGAGUUUCGUGUAUCAGGCGCCAACCAGCCCCUUAGUUCAGUCCGAAAGCAAUGACGACCUCGACCUGCCCUCCCCAAUGGAAGGGAUCGAUAUCAGCUCGAGUAUGCCCAGGGGCUCGCGCCGCCACACGCUGAUGUCAAGCCAUUCCGUCUCGUAUGCCUUCCCCUCUCCCAGCCCGGCCUCGAGGCACCCUCUCCGACAUGAAAGGACAUACCCCUAUCAAGCUCAUCAGCCUCGCCGCUCCCUCACGUCCACACCAAGCUUCCCGCUGGCCGGAACUUCGCCGCAGACUCCAGCCUACCUACGGUCCAGGCGACCGUCAUAUAGUUCCGAUACGUCUCCGCUGCAUCAUGCAUCCAUGGUGGGAUCCUACGAAGAAAGCAUUCUACGAGGAAGGAUGUCAACGAACCCCUCGAAGCCGCUAGACUUUGUUGCUCAGAUUGGUGUGUUAGGCAUGGGCAAGUGCAAGUCGAGUCUGCGAUGUCCACCUCACGUGACCCUGCCUUUCCCUGCUGUGUUCUACAGCUAUGCCAGCUCCGCACAUGGACGGUCCAAGAACGAGGACGGGCCGAGUCCCUACGUUGGGCAGAUCGACUUGGAAAACGGUCUACCGAACCAAGAGGAGGAAGCUCGAUCGAAACGGAAAACACACAACCGAAACUCGGAGCGCAAGCCUGUGGAUCAGAUGGGGGAUGUCAAUGACAUCAAUGCGGAGCGUACGAGUAGAGACGCAAGAAAAUCGCAGAAGCAGAAGAGGAGAUCAGGCUCACCAAGGGCCCCCCCGGGCGGAAGUUAUCGGAUCCCAGAGAAGGGGCAGAUACAGAUUAUCAUCAAGAACCCAAACAAAACCGCCGUGAAGCUGUUCUUGGUUCCUUACGACCUCACCGGUAUGGACGCGGGCACAAAAACCUUCGUCAGGCAACGCAGUUAUUCUGCUGGGCCUAUCAUCGACAACCUGCCCGUAACGAAGGACACUGGCGGUGCCGAUCGACCCAUUCUUCGCUACCUUGUCCAUCUCCACAUAUGCUGUCCUUCUCGUGGUAGAUACUACUUGUACAAAAGCAUUCGUGUCGUGUUCGCGAACCGUGUUCCCGACGGUAAGGAAAAGCUCCAGAACGAGAUCACCCUGCCAGAGCCACGCUUUACUUCGUACAAACCCAUCCGCGUCAUGCAUCCGCCGAUGAGCGCUGGUACCGGUCCGGGGGCCAACCUCGCGGCAGAGAAGGCGUUCCGGCGGAGGAGUUCAGGCUUCUACUUCGGUGCCUCCAGCCAGGCAUUUGAUGCUACGGAUGGGCUGGGAUCUGAAACUACCACUUCCCAGCAGCCAUUCUCGUUUAGUUUCAGUGGCGCUCAAAACCCGGUUGAUGUCAUCCCUCUCCGCCUCCCACAGAGGCAACGGUCUACCGAGUUUGGGUCGGGUCGGGCUCUCGUUCAAGCUGAUAUCUGGUCUCCGAGCUCCUCACAACUAAGCCGCCCGACGACCCAAGCCUCCAGCAAUCUGUCCAGCCUCGUGGGCCAGGACAGUCAAUUUGACAGGUACGACAAGCUAAGCAAAGGUGAUGCGGGCUAUGGCGGCAAUGCCUUCUCGAGCCUGAUCAAUGGCAGCCCGGGAACAGCCGAGGGCCUUCUGUCCCAGAGACUCCGAACUCUCGGUGUCGAGAGCCAGAGAACGCCCGAGUCGGACCAGAUGCAGGAGUAG